ACAAGCACUUAUGUUUCCAAAACACUCACAUCCUUCAGUAGGCAACAAAUCCAAUUCACACUGAAUUGCUUCAAUGGAAGCAUGACAUCAACUUGUCCAAAAGAUUAUUACCUGACAACAUUUGAGCAAGAUCAAGAUUCAUCAGCUGCAUCAACAUGUCCAGAGCACUUCAAAUGGAUUCAUGAAGAUCUUAAACCAUGGAAGAGCACAGGAAUCACAAGGGAAAUGGUUGAGAGGGGGGAAAAUAUUUCACAGUUUAGGCUUGUGAUUAUACAAGGAAAAGCUUAUUUAGAAAAAUAUGAGGGUUCAUUUCAGACUAGGGAUUUGUUCACAAUAUGGGGUAUUUUACAGCUUCUAAGGUUAUACCCUGGAAGGAUACCUGAUUUGGAACUAUUGUUUGCAACUGGUGAUGUAACGGUGGUGCAGAAACAAAAUUUCCAAGGAUCACAACCCAUGUCACCACCACCUGUUUUUCAUUAUUGUGGGCAGAAAAAUGCUUAUGACAUUGUCUUUCCUGAUUGGUCCUUCUGGGGAUGGGCUGAGGUUGGAAUAAGACCAUGGGAGGCGGUGUUGCAGAACAUACAAGAAAGCAACAAGAAGAUUAAAUGGAAGGAUAGGGUACCCUCUGCCUUUUGGAAGGGCAACAUAAGAGUGUCCUUAAAUAGGUAUAAGCUCAAGAAAUGCAAUGCUUCAGACCAACAUGGUUCAUAUGCUCACAUAUAUUCCCUGCAUUGGGACAAGGAAAUUGACAAAGGGUUCCAGAACACAAAACUAGAAGACCAAUGUACCCACAGGUACAAGAUUUAUGUGGAGGGAGUAGCAUGGUCUGUGAGUGAAAAGUAUAUAUUAGCAUGUGACUCCAUGACCUUGUUCAUUGAGCCUAUAUACUAUGAUUUCUUUACAAGAAGUUUGGUACCUCGGCAGCACUAUUGGCCCAUCAGCAAUCAAAGCAUAUGCGAGGAUGUUAAAUAUGCUGUUGACUGGGGCAAUGCAAAUCCAGAAAAGGCAGAAGAGAUUGGAAAAGCAGGGACAAGAUUCAUUGAAGAGAACCUAAAGAUGAAAUUUGUGUAUGAUUACAUGUUUCAUCUAUUGACUGAAUAUGCAAGGCUCUUGAAAUUUAAACCAACCAUACCUGAAGGAGCUGUUGAGAUUUGUUCAGAAAUUUUGGCCUGUCCAUUGGAUGGUCUAUGGAGGCAGUAUUUGGUUGAGUCCAUGGUCAACUCACCAAGCGAUACACCUGCAUGUACACUGUGA